GCAAUCGAAACCGAAAGUUGUUGUUUCAUAAAAUUAGGUGAAAUGGCGUCUCUUCUGGUACUAUUCUUGCUACAUGCAGUACUCUGUUUUGCCGACGCUGCUCAGAAUUUUCAGGAAGUGUCCGUUUGUCCAAGAAAUGCGGACACAUGGAAAAUAGAAUCAGACAAGAAGAAUUGUAAGGGGGACACGCCAGACUAUCUGUGUGCAGCAAUAGAAAACAAUGUUAACAGAUACGGGGAAAUUUGCACAAAAUACGGGUUGUCCCCAGCCAAUAAGUGUGCUGUGUUGAACAACCAGACACACAAUUUGGACUCUGUAGACUGUAAAGCAGCAUCAGGAUGUCCAGCAGUUCCUUACAAUCCUUCAGAGUUGUGGAAAUAUCCCAUAUGUUAUGCCAAUUUUUACGGAAGAACACGAGCUCCUCCCACCACCACCACAGUCCAAACAACAGCUCCUCCAGUGUCGGGACCAGAAGAGAGUGGUGGAUCAGGAGCAGGAGCAGCAGUAGGAGUGGUGGUAGCUCUCCUGAUCAUAGUGCUUGUUGUUGUGGUGGUGCUAGUGGUGUUUUACAGGAGAAACCAGUUUGGUUUCAAGGAUAAAAUGGGGCCAUUGUUUGAUAAUAUCAGAAAUCGUCUUCCAGGGAACAGAGAUGGUGAAACAAGACAUCCUGGUAACACAGAUGAGGAGACUGGAAAAACAGAAGAAAAAGAAACGCUUUUACAGAAAGAGGAAAUAAAAAUAAGGAAGCUGAACAUUCUGCAGAAGUACCUGGUUCACAUCUUAAAGAAGGAGAUAGAUGUUAAGGAUUUAAAGGAGAAAACAAUUAUCCAUUUUAAAUCCCUUAAGGAACAUUUCACAGAACCACUUCUGCAAAAUCUUUAUAGUGUUGAAAAGGCUGAUGAUUACAAUAAGUUGGACAUGUCUCUGGUUUUUGCUUUACUAAGAAACUUCUGUGUUAAUAUUAAACCAUCAAAGAGAGGGUGGGAUUAUGAACCUCCAGACGAUGAACGGACAAUUGGUGCUGACAUUGAAAGGAUACGUUUUAUGUGGAAUAAAUAUUGUGAUAAUAAUUAUGAAUUUAAGAAUUUAGAUGAUGUGUUCAACCGAAUAAAGCAAACGUAUGGGACUGUAGCUGUUCAGGAUGAGCAAAAUAAGACAGUAGACGAGAGCGAAGGUUUUUCAGAGAUAAAAGAAAAAAUACAGAGCAUAAAGCUGCACCCAGACUGCUCUGUUGAGAAAGGCACUGUGAUAACAGAAGGAAUAAAGUUAGCUCUUCAGUCUCUGGAAACAGGGAAUAUUGUGAUCUGUAAAGGGGCCAUUGGAUGUGGUAAAACAUACACAUUGAAAGCAAUACAAAACAGGUAUAAAGAGAAAGGAUGGAAAGUAAGAUGGAUGGAGGAACAUUUAUUCAUUCAAGAGGAAAGCAUGGAAGAUAAAACAAUUGUGAUUUGUGAUAAUCUUUUUGGAAGUUACGGUUGUAAUAUAUUUUCCUCAAAGGGAAUAUCAGAUACUGAAAUUUUACUUGAGAAAAUGCAAGAAAAAUCUUGGAAUAUUAAAGUUGCUGUCGGAAUACACCAGCAUGUAUUUGAUGAAGUCAAGAGAAUUGCUAAUCUAAAACUUCUUCAAAACAAAAACAUUACAGUUGAUUUGGACAAACUAACAAGAUCAGAAAUGCUGUUAAUUUUGAAAGAACAACAAAAAGAGGGUCACUGUAAAACAGAUUCCAGUUGUUGGUUCAAAGGUGUUGACCUUACCCUUAUGAUUGAUAAACUCUCUCAAAACCAGGGUCACAUCGGAAGCCCAUUUCUUAGUUUCAUGUACUGCCACCAACAUGAUUUUUUUUCUGAGGAAGCCUUCACCAAAAACCCUCUUCAGUCAUUAACACAGCAUUUUCAGAAAAUGAGAGAUGGUUCAAGUUCAACUGAAUAUUAUGGUCUUGUUUACCUAAUGUGUGUUAGAAAACACAAAGAUGAUGAUGAAUUGACAAGCUGGGCAGGCUCACUUGAGGCAAAUUUAACCAGAAACACUCUUCAGAAUAUUGCUACAAAAAUGUCUGGUUUUUUUAGAGUUGAAAACGGUGUUACAACAAUUUCCCAUGAAGUCCUGACAAUAGCUUUAUUCAGAGCUACUUCAUAUGUUGAGACAGUUUUCUUGCCAGUCAUUCAGAAUUGUGAAAUAGAAAUCCUACUACAACUGAUGAGACCUUCUGAAAGCAGCAAUACUGAAUUCAGUUGUGGUUUUCCUAAUCCAGAGAAAAACACUCAAAACAGAAACAUUUGCAAGUUCAUAGUGAAAAGAUUCGCAGAUGCAUUCAAGUCAGACUGGGGCAGUAUGGAACACCCCCUUAAGCACCAUACAUUGUUUGAAGAGAAAUUUUCUCGCUAUGUAACAAGUAAACCAAAAGUAAAAUGACUAACGCUGAAACUGAAGACUUAAGAUGCAUAAUAAGGUCAUGUGUUAAAUAUUUAAAAAAAAUGGCCACUUCAAUAUUGUACAAUGGCUUAGAUAAAUGUGCCAGUCUAUGUAUUUCUUAACACUUUGAUUUGGUCCAGUAAUUGGUUUAUUAAGUUACAACUGUUUAAAGCAUAUUAUGAACAUAUUGGCCAAAAUGUGUUAACUAGAGACAUCUUGACUAUUAUUUUUGUCACACAAUUUUUAGCUCAAAGGUGCAAAAGGCUCAUGUAAGCAUUAGUGAUUGAAGGUUGUUGUGUUAAAUUUUUCAUAUUUUUAUUUUGUCUGCUGUAAACUUUAUACCUUACCAAUUCUAAAGAUCUACUGGGCUUUGAUUAAAUUUGCCACAAAGCAUCCUUAUUUAAAGGAUUCAAAUACUGUUAAGGACAUUGGCAAGUCAGGGUUUUCCGGAGAAAAAAGGUUUAAUACAUGGGUUUUUUCCCUUAUAAAAUAGUGAUUGAGAGUGAUCUCCCGUGUAGAAUUCUCUAAGCGGUGAAAACUGUUACAGAGGUAAACAAAAACGCGUGCACUUCCUUCAACGGGUAGAAUCAUCUAUACAGCAAGAAAGAAAAGUAGUAAUGGCUUUGUUGUACAUUGUAUUCAGGGACAAAGAGCCAACAGGUCGUCAUUUACCAUUGUUAUGCUCAGUAUGCUGGAUGUCACAUAUACUAAAAGGUAGGUCGAUCAUGCCGACUGAGAACAGUUCUUAGGUCGUGUGAAGGAAUCAGCAUUUAGUAAUUACGAAUAAAGUUAAAAAUAAAUCCAUGCCAAUAUUUUUAUGACAAUGUGUUUCAAUCAAUUCAGUCAAUUACAUGAUAAAAACAAUCAACCAGUCUCUUAACCAAUUUUAGCUGUUAAGGGACGCAACUCAAAAAUGAUGAUCGGUGCAGGUAUAUCCAUGUCUUGUUUCUAUAUAUACAUUUUCAGCCAAAAUAUUUAGAAGUCAUAGGAAAUGAAGCUACAAUAAUGUAUAUAAUACAAAAACUGUAUGAAAUAAAUGAGUUUUGAAGAAAUAUUAUGGUGAAAAAUUUUAUAGGUCCCUUUUAUCAACAUUUUACAUAGGAAAUGCAUUAAGAAUUGUAAAAACACUAAUUUGACAAAAUCUAAAAAAGAAUGUUGGAUUCGUAGGUAAAACGAUCCAGAAUAUAGCAUGUUUAGUGCAUUUAAACCUACUCAAAAGUUCUUGAAAAAUUCUAUACAAUAACCAGGAACCUUGCCAAUGUCCUUAAAUGAAAAACUAUGCCCUAACUAGUAUUUAAUAAUGAA